UCAAUUGUGACUGCGGUUGUCAAACAAUUUCUGUGUCUCGUGUCUGACGAAAGCAUUUUUUGAUAGUUUGAAGGGAAGCAGCCAACAGGGACAAGCUACAUGAAAAUGGCUUUGAGUGACUUUGGUGGAAAUCGUCGACGUCGUCCUGUUGCAGCCUGCUUUUUAAUCGUCUUGUCUGUGCUCAGUGAUGCGCUGUUGUUGCCGGCUUUGGCGCAACGCGCCGACGACUAUCCACCAUCAAACGUGCUCAAAAUGGUCAAGAUCUUUCGAGAAGCCUGCAUUGAACAAACCGGCGUCAGUGAGGCGGCGAUCAAGGAGUUCAGCGAUGGUGAGAUACACGAGGAUGAGAAGCUCAAGUGCUACAUGAAUUGCUUGUUUCAUGAGUUCGAGGUGGUGGACGACAAUGGUGAUGUGCAUCUGGAAACACUAUUUCAUUCGGUGCCCCACUCAAUUCGCGACAAACUGAUUGCCAUGUCCGAGCACUGUAUACAUCCCGAGGGCGAUUCGCUAUGCCAGAAAGCCUGGUGGUUUCAUCAGUGCUGGAAAAAGGCCGAUCCAAGUCAUUACUUUUUGCCGUAAACCCCAAAGUUCUGCUACAUUUGCCCAACACAUCUAAAAGGAACCGUCAAUCCAAUUAAAUAAUGUCCUACUAUUUUACUGGUGGUGGAAUUUUAAAUUAAAUCGAAUUUAUGUACUAUAAUUAAAAUAUAUAUAUCAACAUUU